UUCCGAUCAUGUGAUCCUAAUAUGUUCUCACUAUAUAAUUCAGGAACAGUAUUACCAACGGCGAAAUUGACUCUAGAAAACUAUAAACUGAUACUUGAUUUCCUUCAUACAGCUAAAAAAAGAAAGGCCAACUUACCAUCAGAUGCUGAAGAAUUUUCCACAUUUGUUAAUUCCAGAAUGAGUGAUGAAAAUGUAUCCAAGACACAAACAGUUUAUGAUUCAGACUCUCAGUCAGGUCUUAGUGCUAAAGAAAAGGAUCGAGCAGCAAAUUUGAGUCUAUUGGAUCAUUUUAUGAAAAUCUUCUUAUAUUGCAGGAGAGCAAUGGUUCUUGCUCAUCGUGGUGGCUAUUGGACUCUGCUUCAGAAUUGCUGUCGGGCCCUUUGGAACUUUACUCAGGAGCUGCAGAUACUUCUAAAACAAGCAGUGGAUAUGUAUAAAACAUUUCCUAUUAGCCAGGAUAGUUUUCUCUGUACCUGUGUUUUGCCAUUCUAUUUGGGAGCAGAAUUACUUAUUGAUAUGUUAAUAGAACUACAAAAUAUCAAUUCUGUUAAGGUUAUUGAAGAAAAAGGGGAGUUCAGUGUUCCAAGCUGCUAUGGAAAUAUUAAAAAUGAUAACGGUGGUUCUAGCCUUGAUUUUGAGCAUCUUUUGGAUGAUGUAAAUGUGGUUGAUUUGAAAUGGAUCCAUAACUUUGUGUUGAAAUCUCUGGAACUUUUGUAUCAAGUGGAAAAAUGGGAAACACUGGUAUCACUUGCUAUCCAGUUCAAUACAAUUUCACAUGAGAGAUACACAGAGCAAGUGACACCACUCCUGGUGUAUGCACAGCGUCAGCUUCUUCUAAGAAUAUCCAAGUUCAAUGGCCCGGAUGUUACCCAACAACCUUGUGCAAGAUAUGAGACUGAAUACAAAGAGAAGAUAACCUGCCGAAAUUUCAUUGGGAAGCAGCUCAAGAUUAAUCCUUCAACCAGUGAAGUAACAGAUACAGAAAACUGUGCAGAUAUCCUAAAAAAGUUUAUCUAUUCAGGGUUCUUCAGUCUUCAGAUAUUUCAAUCAUUUGACUCAGGAAAACCUCUUACUAGUAAAGAAAAUAUACAGGCACUUGAUGAAUUAAUAAGUAAAGGAUUGCCUGUAAUUCUAGUUACACUUGGCCAGGAACAUCUUUUAAAUAAGUUUUCUUUUGUUAAAGCAUACUUUUUAAUAAGUGUGGCUGCAACAAUAAAUUGUGUCCCAGAAAAUUCAAUGAAAACAAUCUACCAUGGACUUACUUCUGAGAAGAGUAGAGCCAACCUUCCAAACUUGAAAGAGCUAUAUUUAAAGGAUGAUGGAAGCUCACUUGGUCAGUUUGUAAAAAUGAAAGAUGACUUCACUUUUAGCACAGUGAAGUCAAUUCUACUGACAGAAGCUGAGGACAGACUAAACUUUCUUGUGUCAGAGAUAGAGCAUCCAGGCCACAAGAACCUCUCUCAGUGUUCUGCUGGUGAGUUGGAGAUUGUGGUGGAAGCCAGGCUUCAGCUGGCGGCAAUCGCCCUGCAGAGACACCGGGCGGCAUACAGUGCUGCAAUAGUAUUUUCUACGCUUAGACUUCUCCAGGAUUCAAAACUUUUUAAAAGGAAGGGAGUACAAGAUGACACAGAGAAUUCUGUCUCUCCAGGAGCUUCUGCUACUGAAAAUAAAGAUGAUAACGAGUUUUUAGAUCCCGUUUCCCUAAAUUCUCGAGAAUAUUUCAACAUUCAUCUCUGGUUGAGGUGCCGCUUAGCACUGGUGACUGCAUUUGUUGCACAGAUUCAUGGCAUUGGAAUGGUGACAGAAAACGACAUGAUAGAUUACGUCAGCCUCAUCAAUGAAGUGUGCGAGGAGGCAAAAAGUGCAGGUGACAGGGAGCUACAGGCCGAGUUCUUGAUGCAAGCUGUAAUCAUUGGCCUCCAAGAAAAGCAUCUAAAGGCAGACAUCAUAACCAACCUUCAGGCGAUAAUACAUUUGCUUGAAGAAAGUGAAUUUAUUUCUCCUCGAUCUCAUUUAACCCUGGUGAGAAGCAUGCUUUUGCUGGAUGACUUAACAAAAGCCGAGAAAUUCAAGGAAACUCCUUUAAAAACAGAAAAAUUACAUUUGUUGAUUCAGUCUCACAACAUUCUUAUUGAACAGAUGCUAACUUUUGGAGAGACAAUUGAGUUUCCUUUAUCAAACACUGACUAUGCAAGUCCAUUACAGCCUUUGAAAAAUAUCUAUCUUCCUCAUGUCAUGUUAUUGGCCAAAACAAAAAUGAGAAUUGGACAUAUUAUGGCCAAACAAGUAUAUUAUACCAGUAAAAAGAAGGAUCCCUCGAAGUGGUUCCCUGCCCUUCAUCUUUUUGAAAUAGCACUGAAGCUCUGUCAGGUAUCAGCAACAGAAGAACAUGAGGUGGAAGCUGAAAUUCUUUUUCAGAAAGGCAAAAUAGAACGUCAAAUAUUGAUGGAAGAGAAAUCUCCAAGUUUACAACUUGAGAGUUUAUUUGAAGCUAUACAGCUAAGCUUGAGAAAUGAUCAAAACUCAGGGUUGAUAAGAGACUCCUACUUAGAAAUGGCCCUGUUAUUUUUACAUAUGAGGAAGCCAAAAAACAAACUUUCAAUAUCACCAUUAACACUUAAGGCUUCUACCAGAAGGCAUAGUUCUAUUAAAGAACCAAUAGUAAAUAAAUUUGAAAUGUACAGUUCACUGGCCUGGAUUGUGAUAAGAGCUGCUGCCCAGGUCAGUGAAGCUGUGUUGGAAAUUAAUCUACUUAUUGGAAAGAAGAAUGCUAGAACUGAUAAAGUUAGCCAAGGGGCAUUACCAAAUAUCCCAGAAUUUGCCACCGUGGAUCUUCUGUCUUCAUACACAGAUUAUUUGCUUGAUAACUACCAAGUGGUCUUCCCCACUGGCAACACAUGCUCGUAUCAAACUGACGGAGUGUGUGGCAACACAGAUGCUAGAAAAAAACCUCAGACUAAAGUGGAUAUUACGUGGAUUCUUCUAUUGCGCUACUAUAUUCAUCUGCAAAGGAUUAAUAAUAUGAGCAAACUGCUAGCAUCUCCAAAGCCAGGAUCUGGAAUUUCAUUGCCAGAUGAUACACUUCUCACAUCCCUUUUCAACUCUGGGCUGAUUUUGCGCCAAAAAGAAAUGCAUUUUUUCCUUAAAAGAUUUUUACAGCUGUAUUCUUCCUCUUGUAUUGAUGAAUUUCCAAAAGAACUCUGUAAAGGAUUGGAAAAUACACUUUUUUCGGAAAAAAUCUCAUCUGGUUCAGUCAAGUUAUGUCAUGACAGUUCUCUACACUCUGAUUUAUCAUUAAAUAAGCUCUCUGCCAGCCCAUCUUCUGGAGAUGUGUCAUCAGUUAUGAAGAUACAAGAUUUAAACAAAGAACUUUGCUUUCAGUGGUACAUUCCUCCUCUAGAAAGACCUCCAAAGGACACAGAACCUAUGGUUUUAUUGUUGUAUGCAUAUAACAUGAAGCCCCAGAAUAUUUCAGAUGCUGUACCUAAUAGCACUUAUUGCAAUGUCUAUACUGGCUCUUUCUGGGUUCCACUGAACAGAGUUAUUUCAAUUCAUGAGAAACUAUCUAAUCUUAAGCAAAUAGCUGAAAUAUCAUUGCCAACAGCUCCUGAAAUCGCUUCAGAUGAAAAUGUAUCUGAAAUGCAAGAAAUGGAAGAGAAAUCAAUUGAUAAGGAAAUGGAAAACAUGAUUAUUGAAUGUUGCUCUGAAAUAAUCAAUCUGUUUUUGACUGAUGGAGAUGUAAUACCAUUGUCUGAGGUCCCAUUUGAUAUCUCGCUGCCAUCUAUAUUCCAUCUUGAGAGACUUUUUGACCUUGCUAAUGGUUGUAUCAUAUCAGGAGGAAGCCUUUUCAACUGGAUGGUGUCGAUUAUUCCCUAAACAUUCUUUACAUGUUAACUAACCUUAUAAAGGAUUUAACUGAUGUUCUUUUUCUUGGUUUGAAUACAUUUUUGGAACUGUCUUCUUAUAACAAGCAAAAUAAAAUG